ACUCACACCUCGUCUCCUUAUUUGUACGGUUCUAAAAGGAUUUGAAAGGGUAAAAAAAAAAACCAAAACAGACGCAAAGGGCAAUAUCGGAAAAUAGUAUUCUAUGGCCGCCGUUAGUAGUUCGUCGGAGACCGGAGGCGGUGAAGCAGCUGAAAACAGAGAGAUCAUGUUGUUCGGAGUCAGGGUUGUGGUUGACCCGAUGAGAAAGUGUGUCAGUUUGAACAACCUGUCUGAUUACGAGAAGUCUUCGCCGGAGGAGGAGAUCCCUAAGAUCGGAGACGGAGAUGGAGAAGAUAAGAACGAACCGGAUUUAAUAGCCGGCGCCGCCGUCGCCGGUUACGCAUCCGCCAAUGAAGCUGUCCAGAUUUCGUCGUCUUCCGGCGGAAAUCGCGAGAGGAAACGAGGGAUUCCAUGGACAGAGAACGAGCACAAGAGGUUCUUGCUUGGGCUGCAGAAAGUAGGGAAAGGAGAUUGGAAAGGAAUAUCAAGAAACUUUGUGAAGAGCAGGACGCCUACUCAAGUAGCUAGUCACGCUCAGAAAUACUUCCUCCGACGAACCAACCUCAACCGUCGCCGGCGAAGAUCUAGCCUUUUCGACAUCACAACUGAGACCGUCACGGGAAUGCCCAUGGAGCAAGAUCAGGUUCACCAUGCUCAAGACAACUUAUCACUGCCUGAAACUAACAUCAGCUCUGGACAUCAAGUUAUGCAAGUUUUUCCUGAAGUCGCAAGAACUGAUAAGGCACCACAGAGUCCAUUUCAUUCCAACGAUUCAUCCUCAAAUCUUGUUCAUCCGGUCCCAGUAACCUUCCAAUCAAAUCCUGCAUUCAAUCUAAACACAGAUGCUGCAAUUCCUGCUCAGCUUUCUCUCAACCUUUCUUUGUCCUUUAACCUCAACGAACAAUCCAACUCAAGACAUCCGGCUUUCACGAUGAUGCCAAGCUUCAGCGAUGGAGAUAGCAAUAGCAGCAUCAUCAGAGUUGCUUAGACCUAUAAGCCAAGGUGAAUCUACAAGACCUUGCUUCUUUCUAUGUUUCUCUGUUGUAGUACUAGUACAUAUUAGGUUCAAACAGAUAACCAAAAAAACCGUUUUGUCAAAGUCUCAGUCUUGUUUUUUGAUCUUUCUUUAGGCCUUACUUUAUCAAACUUUUAUGUAUUUUGUCUGAAAAAAAAAUCAGGGGAAAAAAAGAACAAUAACAGAGGAAGGGCUUUAGAGAUGGACGAACUGUGUUUAGGGUUCUUCAUCGUCUUUGUUUUUGUGUUUGUUUGUUUGUUCGUUUGUAAAAAAACUCUGCCCUGUGUGUUUUGUUUUGUGGUAAGUAAGUUAAAAGAAGUCGUGAUUCUCAUGUGGCCCAUCUCAAUCAAUGGUUGGUGAUUUGUGGGGCUUUUCUAUAUCUUAUCUUUUGGGGAUAAGCUAAAAUGUAUGUAUGUGGUUCGUCGAAUAUUUUAUCAUUACCUUUAAUACCAUAAUAAUGUUAGCAAA